AUGUCCUCCACAUGUUUGGUCCUCAGGAGACUGAGUGCGUCCUACCAAUAUCCUACUAUUAUUCUCAAUGCUAAUCAACGCAUCUUGCAGCUGUGCUUACUCGCUGAGCGGCCAGGUCCUCAUCUCGACCACUCCUCGCGCUCUGCCUUUAACAAAGAGUCUCGCGCCCAACCAGCUCUAUUAACAUCGCUCGUCCUCACCUUUGAGGGCUCAACUGAGCAUUUUGCAAAGGGCCAGGGCUACAAUGCCACCCGCCUCUGCAGCGUCUCCCAGACGCUCGUCGCCCGCACCUCGACGCCAGUCGCAAUUCCUUCAACUCCAGAUCACAAGGUCGCAAUCGUCUUUGACCUUGCGAUUCCUGGCUGGCUCCCCGCAUCGAUCCACUCCCAACAUGCCACCACGGCCACGACCACCUAUCGUCUGUACGCAAAGGCCGUCUAUCAGAGUGAAGAGUCGACGGGUCUCUGGCUCGGAAGUCGUACUAAAUACCGAGACGCAACGCCCGUCCCCGUCACCGUUCAGCGACAUCGCACAACGGCUGCCCCUAAAAAGUGCACCUACGCUGUCCCAGUCCGCCCACUUCCCUCGACAUCAUCUCAGGAGCCUGUCAUUCCCAAGGAGGUUCUGUCGGCCGUCCAGGUCAGGGCCACCGUCCCAAGUUACCUCGACCAAAAGUCGUCUGCUCCCUUUGACCUUCGUCUCGAUGUCGGGUGCACCGCAGAGGGCGUCACAGUUCACAAGUUUGGUGUCCGGAUGAUCCAAUGUACGACAUAUGGCACCACACCCGAUGCAGAGUUCCGACGACGAUUCCCCCUUCCUGCGGAACAACCACCAUCGGUACCCCUCCUCACGCCUCACGAGCUCGACAGCCUGUUCAUGGCAGCCAUCUGCUUCCCACCCAACGCUCUCCGUGUCGACAAGGACGACAUUCUGCACCCAAACAAGCCUAGCGUGUUCAACAUGCAAGAAGGCGAACAGGGCCAUUCGCUCGACAAUGAGCCGAGUAGCAUCACUGUUCCUCUCUUCCUCGACAGUGCUCCAGCAAAGGGUCUCGUCAAGCAGACAUACAUGUCGCCUUAUGUCCACGUCGCUCACAAGCUCCUCGUCGACUUUGACAUUGGAUACAACAAUGAGCGCGAACGAGUCGGUUUUGUUCUCCCAAUCCCCGUCUACGACAUGGACAUCGCCUCUUCUGCUGCUGCACAGAGACGACCCAACGACGGUCUUCCCGCCUAUGUUCAACUGUAUCACUCCAACGGCGAAGCCAAGUACACUGGUGACCUCCCCGCGUAUUCAAAGGAGUGCCGACCUGGUGAAGUCAAGGACGAGAGCGGUCGACGACAUCCGCUCGAGUUUCGCAGACGGCACCUUCGCGGUGCACUUUCCACCUCGUCCUCGCCUCGCUCUUCGUCCGAAGUCUCAUCGGGCUCAGAACAUGGAGGCGAUUACUCUGACGCGAGCUCGUCCGAGUGCUGA